AGUAAACACACAGCACACGCAGCUACAGAAAGCACACACCGCAGUGUCGCGGUAACCAAACAAAAAAGAAAAAAAACUAAACCUCACUUACACUUGAAGCUUUUGUUAUCGGUCAAGGGAUCCAAGAUGCCGCGCGUGAAGCCCACCAAGAAGCUCGAUGUCCUGGGGAAUCUGGACCUGCGGCCCGAGGAUGCCGUGGGCGACUACAUCAGCUCGAAGCAGCAAAACAAGUUCUUUGUGAUUCCUCCAAACUCGGAUUCUGCCGGCGACUCCAUCGAAUUGAUUUACGUCAACAAUCUCCGCGAGCACGACGCUAUGCUGAAGUUGCAGGACGAGAUGUUGACCAGCGCCAAGCGGCAGUCCAAGCUGAACACCUCCAGGGAGCGAAACAUGUACAAGAUCCAGGAGCGGCUGAGGCGGCGCUUCAUCGAGGUGAACAGCUUCAUCAAGGAUUGCGCGGACAAGAAGCGGAUCGCCGAGAAGACCGCCCAGGGAGAGACGCUCUACCACAAGGAACUCGGCGAGGGCAUUGAGAGCUUCAUGGGCUCGAUCGGCGAGCUCAAGGCCUUUCGGGAGGCUCUCAAGGCCACCGUCCAGGAGUUCCAGCCCUACGAGAAGGUGCUCGACGAGGUGGUAAAGGUGUCCGACAUAUUCGUAUCGCCGAAGGACUGCAUCGAUCGCUGCGAUGCCCUAAUGCUGGCUCAAGUGGAGAUCAACAAGCUGGAGCAUCAAAAACUGGUCGAGAUUGAAAGUAUGCGGCAGCGUAUGGUGCAGAUUACCAAUGAGGCGGCUCUGUCAGUGCUGGGCCUUAAAAAUGAUCUGGCCAGGCUGGAACGGUCGUACAACGAGUCGAGGGUCCAGUGUCUGAGGUGGGAGAAGAUCCUGGCCAAUACCAAGGAUGCCAUAAACAACAGUUAUAUGGAAAAGGAACGCACAAUAGAUGCGAUUAGCAACCUCCACCGGAUUCUAAGUCGUCGACGAGAUUUACCUUCGUUUGGUGCUCGUGGUGACUUUGGCAAACUUUUAGAUUCCAUUAAAAAUGAAGUAGAGAUAUUGACGGGAGUUCUGAAGCAAAUCGAGUCAUCCGAUUCCGCAACAAAACAAGGUGAAGUUAGAGAUAAAACCUUGUGCUAAUUGAAUGGAAAAAUUCAACGUAUUCGAAUGAAAGGUUAUAUAACUUUUAAAGCCAAUAAAAAUAUUUAAAGAAUAUUACAUUGAAA